AUGAAUGAACGCGCUUCUUACCGCGUGAACGCGCGUUAUGCCGCCUUUGCUGGCCAUCGAGGUAUCUGUAUACGCGAUCUGCUGUCCCCAGAGGAUAGGUCGUUCUGGAUCCGCUACGAAACCGGAAGACUACGGUUUGGAGCAGUGCUGGCCUUCUCGUCGCUUCAGUUGAAUCUCCUGGCUAUCUCCAAUGGACCACAAAUUCUCGUCUACGAUGUCGAAGCGCGAAGAACGAGGGCGACCCUACGGGGGAAUGGGCGUAUCGUAACUUCGAUUUCCUUCGCGCAUGAUCAGCCGAAUACACUUGCAACAGGUGGUGUCGAUGGAAGCACCUGCGUAUGGUCGCUCGUGGAGCCGUCUAUUCCUUUGCAUCACUUGAGGGGUCUUGUCGGAGCUUGCAGUAACGUCGCGGUCAGCCCGCACAGUAUCAAUCACAUUGCGGUCUGCCACAAGGGCAGAGUGUCGAUCUGGAAUGUCCCAAAUUUUCGACCCGUAGGCGCCAUGACGGCUCGAACUUCAAGUCUACAGCUCCUCGCCUGGUCUGCCAGCGAGCCUGGUGUACUUGCUGGUGUUUCGUCGAGUGGCAGAUUCACCUUGUGGAAUGUCAAACACAUGCUGGCCACUGGAAACUCUCCAAAAUCAUCGGAACUUGAGGAGGACUUGGCUGAAGACGAUCAUGCCAUGUUCGGAGAGCCGAGAGAAUCUUACAACACUCCCUUCUCGCUUCACGAGCUUGGAUAUCCCGUGAGCCAGGUACAAUUGCUCGGAAGGGGUGGUAUAGUGGUUCUACCAAAAGAGGGCAAGACCAUAUACUUCUACACUUUCUCGCAAGAUUCCGACAGCUUGACAGAGUUGUGGCGAUUGAGCCUGGAUUCGGCGAUCGACUGCUUCACACUGCGUCCCACCGGCAAUGGUGCGAUGCAAGUUGUAGCAUGCCUGUCAGAAGAGAUUCAGACUUACAAAGUCCCGCCGCCGGUUCUCGAUGGGAUGAGGUGGUCGCAAAAUCAGAGUGUCCGCAAUUCUUUGACCUCUCAGGCACGGUUCAACGAGCAGCCAGCCGGUCACCCUGCCACCAUCAAGCCAGAACGGGUCAGACGCCAGAUAUCCAACAGGGAAAGCAUCCCUUCCACGCCUAAAAAGGCACGCGCUGGCAUAAUGUCACCGGAAUCACGUUCACCAGCAUCCAAGACUGGGCGGCGCCACAGCCACAACAAGAAGGACAGUGCAACUGCCAACAGGGCAAUGACCUCCAGCCUGGAGUUGCUGAAGAAGAAUGUUUCACAGAAGGAGGAGCAGUCGCCAAUGCCCUUCUUGUCCCCAUCGAUACCCGCUCGCAGGGACAAUCUGAAUACCUUGCCGCCUUUGGACGACGUCCUUCAUCUACCACCGCUAGCUCGUGCGUCGUUUGAUAGUCUGGCCUCCUCGGCUACCCACGAUCACGACAGUGAUUCAGAUGACGAGACAUUCGCCGGCAACAUGCGUAGCAGUGGCUCUCUCCUACCUGGAGGCGUCAACGUUCCGCUACCAAGGACAUGCGGAGCUUUGUUUGGAAUGAAUGGCCAGCUCAUCACAUUCUUUCCGUCAAGAAAGAUUGCUUCAACAGCUAUAGACGAAGCCGAGGUCAUCGAACCUGAAAGCCACGGCGGUCACUUCUCCGAGGCAACCCAACUCUUCCCCAGCUUUGGAAACAUUGCUGCCAUCCCUCACAUCCGCGAUGAUUCAGACUCAGAUGGUUUCGAGCCGUGGGAGUCUGGCAUCCGAGGCGCACCAAAAUUCGCCUUUGAGCCUGCAUCCUACGAGACUAGACCUUCGUGGAAAGCAAGAUUUUCCCCCACCAAGCCAGAUAUGAGUCCAUUGUCGGGGCAUAACGCUGUCUACAUCGCCGUGCGGGAUGUAGAGAUACUAUUGCCAAGCCGCAAGUCUCUGGCAGAGCAGUAUCGUCUAGUUGGUGAAGCUGAAGAUCAUAACUCCGAACUCUGUCUUGAAAACGCAAAGUCGGCAGCAGCAGCAGAUCUCUGCGAACUUGCCGACAGCUGGAAUUUGCUAGCUCUGUUGUUGGAGCAGAAGCCGGCACUCGGGGUUGAGCUUGGCGAUAUAUGGGCCAACGAGUCGCGACAGAUUAUCGGACAGCGCCCUGCUCUUUCCACCAGACCAUCCUUGGCCUUGAAAGGGAAUCGAGGGCUUGAACAGAUCGCUCAAAGCCGAUUGCAGUGGCGUGAUCAUCCGUUCGGCCACGGAUGGGCCACCGAAAAGAUUCUAGACUGGGCCGAGAGUCGAGCUGAUUUGCAAACGUUGGCGUGCACGUCCGCACUGGUUACAAGAUCCCUCGAGUCUUCAUCGGGGUCGCAACGUGGUCUAUCUGUGCCUCGUUUCGACGUCCUCGGCGGUGAGCUGGAGGGACUUGCUCUCGAUGACAUCUAUGCAGUGCCUCCCACAAGCAACAGCAGCCCCGGUGGGCUCUAUAGGGUGGAUGAGUCGCCACUUCGACUACUAGGCUCGCACAGCUCUUCGCGAGAGCCUUCGCAGCCCACCACACCUUACCUCGACUCCUCGGCCAGCACGCCUCCACUCUCAUUCUCAGCGCUGCAAAGCCAAAGUCUUCGCCUAUCUGCCUCUGGCUCCGCAAGUCCUGAGCACCAGCGUGGUAGCUUCAGUGCAGCAGCAAAGUACUACGCACAGAGCAUAACAGACAAGAUCGCUGCUUAUGGUUCCUCUCCGCCCCCAAGGAAGUCAGGAACGAGUCCUGCCAAUGAGCUUUCUUCAAGCCUACCAGUACCUGCCGGAAGUUGGAGCAAGUCCGUAUCUUUCGCUUCGACCACUGACGCUUCGAACAGCGAGCGGCGGCAUAUGUCUCUUGGUCAAGCAGAUGAAGAAUAUGACAGUGACAAGACCAUCGAUGACGCCGAUCGACCGCAUACUCCACGACUUCCAAACAAUCAAGUGUCGUUUCAAGUCAACCAGGAAGCAGUAUUCUUUGACGAACUCAGCGCCUCGACGGAGCACUCGUUUCCGCUCAACAGCAUGGCGCAGAGGUCUCGACUCUGGUUGCAAAGCUAUGCAGAACAGCUUCGAUCGUGGGACCUUCUCAUGGAAGCCGCUGAGUUGGACAAUAUCUCACAUGCGGGCAACCAGAACCCAACUCGACCAAACUCACCGAAGCGUUCCGUGAUCCCACAUCGCGCUGCCAGUCAACGACAUACAAAUUGCAGUGCUUGCUUCUGCGUGAUACACGGCGCUGAACAGCUCUGCCCGUCCUGCCUGCACGCCACGCAUCCAAAGUGUCUCGAGGAUCUGAUCGAAUCUAUCGGCUCAGAGCAAUUCAAGUGUCCCACAGGAUGUGGCUGCAACUGCGCAGAGGUCACGGAUUUGCAGUUCCAAGUGCUCGAAAGAGACACCGAGACCGUACCACAGCCAGCAUCGGGAGUCUUCAAGAAGAAGUCGAGUUCCACCGAUCCUCGACGCUUGCGUUCGAGGCUGCAGGGGGACACGUGGUAG